AAGCAUUCAGCAAGCCACAUUUCCACCUGCGUUCCUGUAGGAAGGCACUCCGAAGGGGUGAGCUGAUGAGACAUGGCUGAGGACGAAAGCAAGAGAGACUCUAUCAAGAUGAGUACGGAGGGAUGUCGGAUAAACAACGGAUUCGUCCAAAAUGAAGACAACCUAGAGCAGGACCCAGAUCCAGGCAGCUCAGCAGACAGCCUGCAGCACGGUGCAGUGGGUGUCACGGGCUCCGGGGAGCCUGACUUCCAGGGUGUCCAGCCCUACGCAGGGAUGCCCAAGGAAGUGCUGUUCCAGUUCUCGGGCCAGGCCCGCUACCGGGUGCCCCGGGAGGUCCUCUUCUGGCUCACUGUAGCUUCUGUGCUUGUGCUCAUUGGGAUCACCAUAGCCAUCAUCAUCAUCUCUCCAAAGUGUCUUGACUGGUGGCAGGAGGGGCCCAUGUACCAGAUCUACCCGAGGUCUUUCAAGGACAGUAACAAGGAUGGGAACGGAGAUCUGAAAGGUAUUCAAGAUAAAUUGGACUACAUCACAACUUUAAAUGCAAAGACUAUUUGGAUUACUUCAUUUUAUAAAUCAUCCCUUAAAGAUUUCAGAUAUGGUAUUGACGACUUCCAAGAAAUUGAUCCCAUUUUUGGAACAAUGAAAGAUUUUGAGAAUCUGGUUGCAGCCAUACAUAAUAAAGGUUUAAAAUUAAUAAUUGAUUUCAUACCAAACCACACCAGUGAUAAACAUGAUUGGUUUCAAUUGAGUCGGACACGGACAGGGAAAUAUACUGAUUAUUAUAUCUGGCAUGACUGUACCCGUGAAAAUGGCACAACCAUACCACCCAACAACUGGUUAAGUGUCUAUGGAAACUCCAGUUGGGACUUUGACGACGUGCGAAACCAAUGCUAUUUCCAUCAGUUUACAAAAGAGCAACCUGAUUUAAAUUUCCGCAAUCCUGCCGUUCAAGCAGAAAUAAAAGAAAUUAUUCAGUUCUGGCUUGCAAAGGGUGUUGAUGGCUUUAGUUUUGAUGCUGUUAAAUUUCUUCUAGAAGCAAAGCAUCUGAGAGAUGAGAUCCAAGUAAACAAGACUCAACUCCCGGACACAGUCACACAGUACUCGGAGCUGUACCAUGACUUCACCACCACACAGGUAGGAAUGCAUGACAUCGUCCAGAGCUUUCGGCAGACCAUGGACCAAUACAGCAGAGAACCUGGCCGAUACAGGUUCAUGGGGAUCAAAACCUACCCAGAGAGCAUUGACCGGACCAUGUUGUACUAUGGGUUGCCAUUUAUCCAAGAAGCUGAUUUUCCCUUCAACAGUUACCUCACCACACUAGACACACUUUCUGGGAAUAAAGUGUAUGAGGUUAUCACAUCCUGGAUGGAAAACAUGCCAGAAGGAAAAUGGCCUAACUGGAUGAUUGGGGGACCAGACAGUUCCCGGCUGACUUCUCGUUUUGGGAGAGAAUAUGUCAACGUGAUGAACAUGCUGCUUUUCACACUCCCCGGAACUCCCAUAACUUACUAUGGUGAAGAACUAGGAAUGGAAAAUAUUUUAGCCCCAAAUCUCAAUGAAAGCUAUGAUAUGAAUACCCUUCUCUCAAAGUCACCAAUGCAGUGGGAGAAUAGCUCAAAUGCUGGUUUUUCUGAAGCCAGUCACAUCUGGUUACCCAUCAGUUCAGAUUACCACACAGUCAAUGUUGAAGUAAGUACCCAUGAAUAUUUUAUGUUGAUUUGA